AUGGGAGCUAUUGCCAAUAUACCACGCGCUCUUGCACGUCAUGCCGGUUAUUACAAGGUUGUGCAGUCAUUCGGUGCGUGCAUCUCCUGGAUUCUCGAAUGGCAGGGUAUGCUAUACAAAUGGCAAAUGGUCAUAUGCAUUAUUUGGGCAGUUGUGUUUGUACCACCGACAUGGGUUGUUGCCACCAUGGUGAAGAAUCAUGGUGCGGAUGAUGACGAUGAAGAGGCUGAGAAGACAGAGAGCUCAGACAAUGCCUUACAGGAUGA